AUGUGUUGUGCAAUUAAACUUAUGGCAAUGAGGGAGUCGCCUGAUUCUAUUGACGAUUAUAUGAGAAUGUCUGAGAGGACCGCACGAGAAAGUUUGUAUUUAUUGGCAAGAGGUAUUGUCGAAACCUUUAGUGAAAAAUACUUGCGCAAACCCUCGUUGCAUGAUAUGCAACAACUAUAUGCGACACAUGAAGAAAGAUAUGGUUUUCCGGGGGUUGCGGGUUCUAACAACGACGUCAACGUUCUCGAUCAAUCACCAAUAUUUGACGAUCUUUUGUCUGGAAAAACCUCAGAUGCUCAUUUCACAGUAAAUGGAAAUGAAUAUAAGUUUGGGUAUUACCUUACGGAUGGAAUAUAUCUACCAUAUUCCACGUUUGUAAAGGCGUUUCAACACCCAAUAGACCCAAGAGACAAAUAUUUCAAGAGACGACAAGAAGGGGCAUGUAAGGACGUUGAACGUGUAGCACCUGGUUCCUUUUUGAAGAAGAGAAGGAAGGAAAGACCAAAGGAGAAGGUGAAGAGCAAGGAUCUAGGACCUAAUCCAGAGUUCAUUGAGGUACAAGUCGGAUCUAUUCUGUUUCUAUGA